AUGUCAAAGGAUGAAUUAGAAGUUAGCGAGCUAGCCUCCGCAAUCGCUGGUGCUGGUGGUGGUGCGCUCUCCAUGACGCUAACGUACCCUCUUUUAACCAUUACUACAAAAUUACAAGCUGAAGAGAAGGUAUCUCAACAAGAGAAUAGAGAGAAACGAAGUGCCACUGACGUCAUCAGAGAACUUUUCAAAGAACAUGGUAUUACAGGCUUUUACAAUGGAUUGGAAAGUGCUAUCUAUGGUAUGACAAUUACGAAUUUCGUUUAUUACUAUUUCUACGAAUGGGCUACGAAUUCUGUGAAAAGAAUCUGUCUGCAUAAUCGAUUAUCGACUUUGGAAUCGAUGUUCACCGGUGCGGUUGCUGGAUCUGCAACGGUCAUCGCUUCAAACCCCAUUUGGGUAGCUAAUACUAGGAUGACAGUUACCAAGUCUCACAAGAGUACAUUAGCUACGAUUAUGGAGAUUGUCGAAAAGGAUGGGUUUUUUACUCUUUUCAGUGGGGUGAGACCUGCACUGCUGCUUGUCAUUAAUCCCAUUAUUCAAUAUACGACUUUUGAAAAGUUGAAAAAUUUGGUAUUAUCCAAUUCUAAAUCUGACAGGGAGAUUUUACCGCCAGGAUGGGCAUUUUUAUUCGGUGCAAUCGGGAAGCUAUUGGCCACCGGUUUGACUUAUCCUUAUAUUACUAUAAAGACGAGACGUCAUUUGGAAAAGCAGAAUAAAUCUGGUAAUGGUGAUUCACUUUUCCAAGUAGCCAAAAGGGAAGGGGUUAGCGGUCUUUACAAUGGGAUCAGUUAUAAAUUAACACAAAGUAUUCUCACUGCCGCAUUUCUUUUCUAUUUCAAAGAGGGUUUAACUAGCUGGGCUGUGAGAAUGUUAAAAUUUAUCCGCCAGUUGUUGCUAAGAAGGUCAAAAAUUACAGUUAAAUUGAAUGAAUGA